GGUGGCAUUGGUUGAUUUUAUAGCGUCGCCGUGCACUCGUGCUCAUGCUUCCCUAGGGCGGAAUAUUGCUCCGGCUUCUCCGCAUGGAUGAGAUGGUACCAGACCCCCUGAUCAGUAACGACAAUGUGAUGAUGAAUGGCCAUGGCUAUACCAAUAUGGUCCACAGCAACGAGAUGCCCCAUGCUAACGAGCUGGUUGUUCGUGACGAGACGAAACCAACGGCGGGUCCAAGAGGCCAGAAGAGAAAGUCGGCAAUCUGGGAACACUUCACUCUUGUAGAUGUCUCCGAGGGGUGCAAACGAGCAAGCUGCAUUCACUGCGAUCAAUCCUUAGCGUACAGCUCGGGAUCAAAAAAUUCAGGCACUAGCCAUCUCACGAGGCACAUCGCGGAAUGGUGUCGUGGGUUGAAAGAUCAGCAGAAGAGCAGGCGCUACAGAUAUAGCAUUAGUAAUGCUAAUGCUCCAUUUGACCAAGAACGUAGUUACUCACAGCUGGCGAAGAUGAUCAUUCUGAAUGACUACCCACUUCACAUUGUUCAGCAGCCAGCCUUCCUAUCUUUCGUUGACAGCAUCCAGCCCAGUUUCAAGAUGGUCAAUAUUGAUACAAUGGAGGCAGAGGUGUAUGCUAUUUAUCACAGGGAAAGGGAUAACCUGCAGCAGGCGCUUGGAAAUAUUCCUGGAAGGAUCGGCCUCACUGUAGGGUCAGUGACUACAAGCCAAACUCUUGGGUACAUCUCGGUUGCUGCCCAGUUCUUUGAUUCAGAGUGGAGGCUGCACAGAAGAAUGCUCAACUUCAUGAUGGCACCAUGGCCUAACUCAGAGGACGCAGUUAGCAAAGUCAUCACCAAAGGCCUUUCUGGGUGGAACAUGGAGGACAAACUAUUCACCAUCACCUUGGAGCACGAUUGCUCGUCGCACGAUAUCUAUAGCGCAAACCUGAUAAACCAUCUCUCAGGUGACAACGUUCUCAUGCUUAAGGGCCAGCUGUUUGUUGUGCGGUGCUAUGCCAACAUUCUGAAUGCAGUUGCACACGAUGUCCUUGCUUCGGCUCACAACGUCGUCUACCUCAUCCGUGAAAGCAUGAAGUUCAUAAAAGCUGACAGUGCCCACGAGAGGAGGUUUGUUGAGAUUGCCCAUCAACUAAAGAUCUCUGGUGACAAUAUCCUGUGCCUGGAUGUUACAACCGAGUGGAACACCACUUAUCUGAUGCUGCUGGCUGCUCUGGAGUACAGGCAGGUGUUCACCCUGAUGGAGUCCUGCUACGACAGCUACAGUACAGCGCCUUCGACGGAGGACUGGGAGAAAGCCAAGGCUGCCUGCGGUUUCUUGAAGACGAUGUACACGUCUGCAGUUAAGAUCAUAACGGAGGAAGGAAACCCAACUGCAAACAUCUUCUUCCACGAAGCAUGUCUUCUUCAGCAAGAGCUCCAGGAUGGCACAGCCCACGAAGAUGCCGUUGUCCGUGGCAUGGCCAUCGGCGCCCACGAGAGAUUCGACCGGUACUGGAAGGACUGCAACGUCGUCCUGGCCAUCGCCGUCGCCAUGGACCCCCGCUUCAAGAUGAAGAUAGUCGAGUUCACCUAUUCCAAAAUCUACGGCCCAACAGAUGCAGCAAAGUAUGUCAAGGUCGUACACGACGCUGUCCUGGAGCUCUACAGGGAGUACGUCGCGCAGCCGCUCCCGCUCUCGCCGGUCUACAUCGAUCCAGUGCCAGCGGCCGACGACGGCCUGCCUGCCGUCGAGACCUUAGCCCCGUCGUCGACGGCCGACGCCGGACUCGAGGAUUUCGACAUGUACCUGUCGGAGGUCACCGCGAUGGUCCAGCCGCCCUCGAAGCACGACCUGGAGCUCUACCUGGAGGAGGCGCUCGUCCAGCGCACCCCGGGAUUCGACGUCGUGAGAUGGUGGCAGGGCAACACGGGCAGGUACCCGACGCUGUCGAGGAUGGCACGGGACGUGUUGGCCAUCCCGAUGUCCACGGCCGGCGUCGGCAGCUCGGUUUUCUUAGCCGGGAACGGCGGCGGCGGCAGGACGCUUGACGACUACCGGAGCUCGCUGCAGCCUCAGCUCGUGGAGGCUCUUUUCUGCGCCAAGGACUGGCUCCUGUAUUCGCCGUGAAAUCAAUUCGUCAUGUGAAGCCAGCCAGGCACGCCACAUCAUUAUUAUACAAGUAUUUAUUUAUGUAGAGCUUUGUGAAAUCAACAGUGUAGUCCGUCUAGAGCUGUUCGUUCGAGUUUGAUUGUUCUAUUGGGAGGUCGGAAAUUUUGAAAAAUACAACUUGAUUUUCCAAUAGGGCCGACGUUCUGCACCAACCAAG